AUAAAUAUGCUGAACUUUCCUUGGAAAAUCCAUCUGGGUGUCUUGAUUUUUGUGUUGAUUGAAGGGGAUCUUCAAGUAUUUACAGCAGAAACUUACUCAGCUGCAGAGGAAAUUGAGGGUAAGGAUGCUACACCAACAACUCAACCCAAUGGCGGGCAAUUAGUAAACCCUUCGCUGUCUCCUGAGUCAAGACACCGUACUGAAUUCAUGGGAAAGGAACAACUCAACAGGCAUGUGUUGUUUCGAAGGAAGAGGUCCAUCCUGUUUCCUAGUGGAGUUAAAAUUUGUCCAGAUGAGACUGGUGAGCAGGCCAUUGCCAACCAUCUGAAAUACUUCAAACUCCGAGUGUGCCAGGAAGCAGUCUGGGAGGUCUUCAAGACAUUCUGGGAUAGACUUCCAGCACGUGAAGAAUAUCAGUACUGGAUGAGUUUGUGUGAGGAAGGAACUAUGAGCAUAUUUGAAAUGGGCACAAACUUCAGUCAGUCCGAAGAGCACCAGAGCCUGAUUAAGAAGAAACUGUCCUAUAUGAAAGAAGAAAUGGAUGGCGCCUGCAGUGAUUGGUCCUGUGGCUCUGGAAUUCCAACACCUUCUCCAGCUGCUGAUGCUACCACAUUAAGAGAUGCAGCUGCCAAUGUCCCACCCCCUCAUGAGGUCUCCAUUGAGAGUCCAUCAGAUUAUACCUUCAACAAGAAUGAAGAUUCAGAUGCUAGCAUCAACAAUGAGAUCAAGAAGGAGGAUGGGAAGCUGAUGAAACCUGUUCCUGACCAGAUGGUUGAGUUCAGAAUCCUUAUUUUGGGAGAGAAAUACACUGAGGAAUUGAGUGACCCAUCCACCAUGCAGCAUCAGCUACUCUCAGAACAAUUUAUUUCCCAGGUAAAAAAUGCAUUUGAAGGAUUACCUGGAUACAAUAAUAUCCAUGUGCUGGAAUUCAGCUCUCCUGACGAUGACAGUGGUGUGGAGGUUCACUACGCUGUCACGUUUGUUGGGGAAGCCAUCAGCAAUGCCACCUGGGACCUUAUUAACCUUCAGUCCAACAAAGUGGAGGACAACUCCCUCGUAGAACUUGAGGAUAACCCAACUGUUGUUUACACAAUCAGUGACUUCAGAACUUAUAUUGCUGAAAUCCUUCAAAAGAACUCUUUCCUUGAAAAUGUCUCUUUGACCUUGGACCCUGACUCUCUCCAGCUCAUUAAUGUGAAAGAAGUGCUCUCCCCUGCACCUGAAGACACAUCCAGGAUUACUGAAAAUCCAGUUGUUCUUGAGUCUCCAGAAGUUGAUGACCUUGCAGAUGAAAAGGACUAUGAUAAUGCCCUUUUAGCUGAGUGGCCCUCUGCAGAAGCAACAACUGCAAGCAAUAUCUUGCCACUUGAUUUCACCAAAUCAGGUUUCACCUUUGAUAGUGAACAGUCCAAUAGCAAUGAAAUGUGGUUAAGAUCAGAAAACCUGGACUUUGAGAACAACAUGAAUUCAACACCAAAGGCUGUCCUCACUUCUUCUCCUGGUGGGAUGAGUCUAGAGGAAGGGAGCCUGACUCUUCCUUCUGUCACCCCAUCAAUAUUAGAAAAUGGCUCUCCUGUGGACUCUCAGGAAUGGCUGUCUAUCCCUGCUUCUUUCAAAGAUGAUGCUGGAGUGUCGGAAGGCUUUCUUCUGCCUUCCAGUCUAUACCCUCAUCUUGCACCAAAAGAAAUGCCAUCCACAGUCAUUUCUGUGGUUCCUCCGACUUCUAUACCAACAAUGGCCUCUACAUCAGAAACAGAGCCUAAUAAUGAGGGAGUGAUCUCUGCAGAGAAGGCAAGAGAAGCCAUGCCCAUUGACAUAGACUCUAUAUCCCGUGACAGCCUGGAGGACGGAGAAGUUUAUCUAGAGGUGAACCCUCUGCAACCCGAUCUGUAUCCAGGAGGAGAAAUUAUUUAUGAGGAUGGAUCUGGAUCAGCAUUUGAUGCUUCAGGUCAAGAGGCAUGGCCAUGGGGCAUAGCAACAUUAGAGCCAGUUUUCUACAGUCUUCCUGAAAGCUGGCUGAAAGAUAAAAAUGAUUCUCUGUUAAUCAGAGCACAGGAUACUCCUGAGGGACAGAUCCUGGAUUAUAUAAUUGAUUCUAUAGAGAAAUUAAAUGGUAAUCCUGAGGAUGGAGGCAUGACCAAUGCAAGAGGGGAUUUCACUGAUGACUCUGAAUCAAAUGUACCUGGACUUUCAGAAACUGCAACUCAGCAGGUGCCUAUGUUAUGGACACAAGAAACCUUGAAUGUGGAACUGUCCAUGCAAACAUUAGAGGCAUCAGGCAUGUCUGAUUAUUCUUCAUCCUUUGCAUAUGAGCCCUCAGUGGACUAUUCUUCUUUAGAUAUGGCAGAUGAACAGACCUCCAUCUCACCACAUGAAAAAGAUAUCUCUAUAGAAGGUCAUCUCCUUACAUCUACAGAGACAUUCAAUGUUAAACAAGCUGAAGAGUCCAGUGAGGAUCAUCAAAUCAUUUAUGAAGCAGUAGGAAACCAAAACAAGGAAGGGACAAAGCCAGAAGAACUAUCCACAAUAGUCCAAUCAGGUGUAGCUGUUACAAUAGGACACCAAGACAUGGAUUCCUCAUGGACUGGGCUCCUCAAGCCAGAAACAGUCCUGACAGCAACUCCUAUGAUGGAAAAUAUAGUCACUGACAUUUUCAUGGAGGAGCAGCAAAUUCCAGAUUUGCACUUGACAACUCAAGAAGCUUCUGGAUCACUUGCUGUGAAACCAAUAAAUAUUUGGCCUACUCACAACACUGAAAGGGCAUCUGAGAAACCUGCAGAACAAGACAUGCAAUCUGAAGCACCGAGUAAGGUUGAAGUUUCAACGAUAGCUCCUUAUUUACUGGAGCUGCCGACUGGUUCAGAGGAUUUCACUGGACAGUCUAGUACAGACCAUGAAACUAGUUCCCCUAGUAGCUUAAAUAUGGCAGUGGGUUCUUUUGCAACAGUGACUAUAACAAAGAAUCCUAUUGGUUCCCUGUCCAGUUUCCCUACUACACAAUAUACAGUUAGCUCAAUAAAACUGGGGGAGGACAUGACUACAAGAGUGCUGGAUCAUGUGGGCACAAUGUUGUAUCCUCAUGAGAUGAACCUGGAAGAAAGAAGUAUGACUGAUAGUCGCAUGGAGGUAUCUACCAAUGUUCACUCCACAGAGAUGGCCAGCAUAGCUUGGCCCACGCAUGCAAAUCGCAAUACUACCACGUCCUCACGAGCUUUAGUGGUAUUCUUUAGCCUCCGUGUUACCAACAUGAUGUUUUCAGAGGACCUAUUCAAUAAAAAUUCCCCAGAAUAUAAGGCACUGGAGCAACGAUUCUUAGAACUGCUGGUUCCCUACCUCCAGUCCAAUCUAACAGGUUUCCAGAAUCUCGAAAUCCUGAACUUCAGGAAUGGCAGUAUUGUGGUGAACAGCCGCAUGAAGUUUGAAAAACCUGUGCCUCGUAAUGUCACGAAUGCGGUCUACGUAAUUCUGGAAGACUUCUGCAACACUGCUUACCAGACCAUGAACCUGGCCAUUGACAAGUACUCCUUGGACGUGGAAUCAGGAGAUCAAGCUGAUCCUUGCAAGUUCCAGGCUUGCAAUGAGUUCUCCGAAUGCUUAGUAAAUCGCUGGAGUGGUGAGGCAGAGUGUGUUUGUUAUCCUGGCUAUCUAAGCAUUGAAGGAUUGCCCUGUAAUAGCAUCUGUGACCUACAACCAGACUUUUGCCAAAAUGAUGGGAAGUGCGACAUAAUCCCAGGACAAGGGGCCAUAUGUAGAUGUCGUGUAGGUGAGAACUGGUGGUACAGAGGAGAGCACUGUGAAGAGUAUGUCUCAGAGCCAUUGGUUGUGGGUAUCGCAAUUGCUUCAGUGGCUGGCUUCCUUCUUGUGGCAUCUGCUGUAAUUUUCUUCCUGGCCAGGACCCUUCGAGACCAGUACUCAAAAAGUGACACUGAGGACUCAUUAGGGCAGGGUGAUAGCCUCUCCUCCAUUGAGAAUGCAGUGAAGUACAACCCUAUGUAUGAGAGUGAUACCACUGGGUACAGCCACUACUAUCGGAGAUACCCACAGCUCACCUCAUACAGCUCUACCAGUGCAGAGACGUCCACAGACUACAGCAGUGAAGAGAUAAGGCACAUUUAUGAGCAUAGUGAGCUCACAAAGGAGGAAAUCCAGGACAGAAUACGGAUUAUAGAGCUUUAUGCCAAAGAUCGGCAGUUUGCAGAGUUCGUUAAACAACAUCAAAUGAAGCUGCUUUAAAAAAAAAUUGAAGCCAGUAGAAGUGGAAGAUGACCUUGUUGCCCUAGUAACAGGGCACACACAAAACUGCAAAGUUACAUAUAGUCUUUAUGUUGUAUGGAUAUUAAACACUGCUGGUUGGAUGCAGAUGUUUUCUAAAUGAAUGAUUAACUAUAAGAAUGUUUAUCUGGCUUUUCUGAGUACAGUUAUGACGGCAACCAGAGGUCAUGAAAAUUCACUUUUUUACUCAUUUUAAUUGGGGAAAAAGCAUUUCCUGAACUGGACAGUGAAAGUUUGUGCAUGUAUUUUCUCAUCUCGAAGAUUUUUUGCUUGGUGUGCAAAGAAAAAAUUAAAAUGAAAUACAAGUUUUUCAUGUUACUUUGGUGUUUUCCUGUUUCAAAAGUAAAGUAUUAGUGGGGGGAAAUAUUUGGGUUGCAGGUGAGAGGUUUAUAGGAGGAUACUGGCAUUAUUUUGAUAUGGCCCAAUAAUAAUCCCAGACAAAAUGUAUUUUAUCUUGCUAGAGAAUUUGUUUUGUACGGCUGGCUGAUUUACCCUUGUUUGUUGCUCACCAACAAAAAUAAAUAGUCAUGUACUUAAUAAGGUUCAGCUUGCAGCUCUCAUGACACUUUAAUUGCUUUUAAAACAAAAGAAUUCAAUGUUGUUGGCUUUCAACUGCCACAUGUCAGCUUGGGGAGAUGGCACUACUUAGUGGUUGCCACCAAAAGAAAUACUAGAAUGCGUAUGUGUUCUGCUUCUCUCCCAGUGCCAGACUGGGGCAAACAAGGGCUAGACCCCCUCCCUGCCUUUACAGAACAUUUCUACAAUAUUACAUUACUAACUCUAUCAUCCUAAAUUAUUUUAAAUGUAGAGAAUUUUUAUUUUUGCUUCUAUAGUUUAGUUAUUUUGUUCCCUAUGAUUGGUUAUUUUCAUAAUGGCUUAAUUGUGCUACGAGACUACUUAUGACACCAUUCUUGUUUUUUAUUCCUUUGGCACUGAAUUUCUCGUCUUAGAAUUGUAUGCAUCCAUCAUUCAAACUAAAGCCAACUGAAUACCAGAUAAAAUUCAGCUGACAUAUUUGAAUAAUACAUUAGUCAACCACUAGCUCUGAGUCAGAUAGUGUAGUAUUUACUAGUCAAUAUAUUUUAUAGUUUUGCCUCCUCAGAUGUCAGUGACCUCACUUCUGGCUUAGGGGAAACCUAAUGUUAAGUCUUUAAAUCUGGAAAGUAGUUUAGUUACUUAAAAAAAAUUGUUUUUCAGGGCAGAUAUUAUAUAAAGAUGUGCUUCCAAUAAAAAUUUGGACCUGUAUUUUGAACCCUCAAAAGUUCCUAUGGGUUUUGUACAGCUUAUUAAAGAAGGUACCAGCAUGAAAUUUGGAUCUGGAUCCAGGUUUGAACUCCAAGCUCAGGGAUGUUCACAUCUUUAGUAUUUAAUACUAAACAGUAACAUCUUCCCACCUGAUUUAAUACCCACUGAACAAUGAAGUUAGUUUUUUUAAUCAAGGUGGUAGUUCAGAGGCCCACAAGUGCCAACAGACCCCUCCUCGCCACUUUUCCAAUGCAUAUUACAGUUUAGUCAUGGUGAGAGCUACUUACCUUCCUAACUUAGACAGCUGGGUGAGACUCCUGUGAAGAAAAACACUUCUUCCAAAUGUUUUUAGCGCUCCACAGCUGCUGUGGGAGAACACUUCACCAGAUUGUUGGGUUAUCCUCAAUUUCAAUGCCAGGGGUAAGGACUCAUGGCUUAAGUGUCAAGCUGGAAAUCAACUUUUAACAGCCCAUGAACAGUUGGUGGGUGCUUCGUAAUGCCAUAGUCAAUGAGCCAGAUCUUGUGGAGUAGUGUGAUCACUGGAUGCUGCACAAUCUGUCUUUAAAGAUGACUUUGGUGGCCCUCAGGCACUGUAAAGUUGCACCACUUUCCCUCCCUGCUGGAGCAGGGAAAGGGGGCAUAGCUGGGAUAUUGCUCUGUUACACCAAUCCUCCCCUUCUGUUUUGGGCCCCCGUAAUCUAGUCUAGUUGAGAAGAAUAGCAGAAUCAGCGUGGAUGCAAAAUUAAACUUUAAGAUACCUUUGCAUAGCACUCCUGCAGUUAUGUUUCUUUGCGGUUGGGUUAUAACUAAGAAUGAGACGCUAAAACUUAUUGUGAUAUAAAAAGGUGCAUUUUCAAUAUGGUGCCCAGGGAACAAACCACUCCCCUCAACCUUGACGCUUCAUGCCUUCUGGUGUGCUGUACUGACAACUUACUUCACAAUCCAGAUGCAUGUUCAGGUUAAAUGAGCGACAUGCCUGAAUCCUGGAUCUGAACAGUACUGAAAUUUAGGAUUGGGGGGUUGAAAUUUGAACCUAAAGCUGGAUCUAAAUUUCAUGGUUGUUAAUCCCUUCCCUUUAAUGAUCUGAAACAAAAUUGCAUCGGUGAGGGUUGAGAUUAGAAAAUGCAUCUUGGGCCCAUCUCUAGUUAAAGCUAAACCCUAGUCUAGUGGUCCCAUCCAUAAGCAGUAGCCUAGAAGAGGUCCUGCUCACACUGAACAUGUGGUAUUUCAUUGUACAUACAGGGAAUGUUUUUCUUUUUGUAUAUAAUGUCUUAUUUUCACUGCAAUAAAUGUUUUUGUUUCAAGAAGGUGUCUGUAUUCUCCUCCUCCCCCCACCCCCCCUUAAAAUCUUGACCAGUUUUUAAAAUUGAUGUGGAGACUAUGAAAACAUAAUGGA